CCAUGGCUCCCCGCCGCUCCCCCCGGCUCCGUGCCUCGGGCUCCUCCUCAGGCUCCUCGUCCGGCCGCGCUCCGGGAUCGGCCCCGCGGGUCAGCGGCUCCCCCGGCUCCCCCCGCAGCCCAGAAUUCCCGGACGGUUCCGACUCCGGCAGCGACUUCGAGGCCUCUCUGCGGCCCCGGAGCAAGCGGGGCCCGCCCCGAGGAGCCGCCAGGAGCCUCGCCCCGAAGCGCUCCCGUGUCUCCCGCGGGGAUGGGCGGGACCCGGAGCGAAAUUCCCCGGAGCAGAAUUCCCUGUUCGAGGCCGUUUUUUCGGGAAAGGUGGCCACGGAGACCCUGGUGGACGAGUGGCUGGAGUGGUACCGGCGGGACCGGGAGGCCGCGUUCCUCGAGCUGCUCAAUUUCAUCGUGCGCUCCUGCGGCUGCCGGGGCGUGGUGAGCCCGGAGAUGUUCCGGGAGCUGCAGAACUCCGAGAUCAUCCGGAGGCUCACCGAGACCUUCCAGGAGGACUCCCCAGAGUACCCGUUCUCUCAGAGCUCCCAUCCGUGGCGCCGGUUCCGCGCUGGUUUCUGUGAGCUCCUGGCGGCGCUGGUGUCGCGCGGGCAGCACCGCGAGCUGCAGGACGGUUUCCUCAUGGACUCGCUGCUGUCGUUCCUCACGGGCCUGGCCGACUCGCAGGUGCGCCCGUUCCGCCACACCGGCACCCUGGCAGCGCUGAAGCUGAUGAGCUCGCUGGUGGAGGUGGCGCUGGCCGUGGGGCAGCAGCAGGAGAAUUGUCAGCGCCAGUUUGGGGCAGAAAAGGGCAAAGAGCCCGGCCGGAGGGGCAGCGAGCGCCUGGAGGCCCUGAGGGACAGGCAGCUGCAGCUGAGGGAGCAGCAGGAGGAGCUGGAGCUGCUGAUGAACGGGAUCUUCAAGGGCGUCUUCGUGCAUCGGUACCGGGACGUGGUGCCCGAGAUCCGCGCGCUCUGCAUGGAGGAGCUGGGGCUGUGGGUCCGGAGGUUCCCCGGCUCCUUCCUGACCGACAGCCACCUCAAGUACCUGGGCUGGACCCUGCACGACAAGGAAUUCUGGGGCAAACGGGGAAUAUUUGGGAAAAGAUGGGGGCAGAUGGGUUGGGAAUGA